AUGUUGAGAGAUAUCCUUGGUGACCUGCCGCGCUGGGCGUCUGCGGCUCUCGGCCUAGCCUGUCUCCUCGUGCUAUGGCGCACGUGGAAGUUUACGCUGAGGCCCCUGCUGUGGCCCUCGGAGCCAAAGAACCUGCCUUACUGGGUCCCCUGCCAUACUGUGGGAUUCUUCCGGAGCUCCGACAAGCUCAUCGAGCGCGGCCUAGACUACACGGGCCGCACGCACGAGCCCUUUGCCGUCGAACUCCUCGGCAAGACAAUGUACGUUGUCACGGCGCCGGGCGACGUGGCGGCCGCCUUCCGGGACAGCGCGGCCCUCAACUUUGACGGGAACCUGGCGCAGCUGCUCGAGAACUUUGGCGUCAAGCACGAGGCCUUCAAAAGGGCCUGGCAUAAGCCGCAGCCGGGCGACUGGAGCUACGUGGCGGACAACGCCGUCAAACCGGCGCAGCUGGACCUGAUACACUUUGUCGAGGAGACGUACAAGACGCAGCUGCUCCCCGGGCCGCAUAUGGACAGCAUGUGCCGCGUCUUCCUCGACUCGGUCCACAGCUCUCUCCGCUGGGACGCGCUCAGGGGCGGCUGCGCGUGGUGCGGGCUCGCGGGCGCGGCCGACACGGCUCACAACAUGAAGACGGCGGCGCGCCCCCCCGUGUCGCUCCUCUCGCUGUGUCGGCGCCUCAUCGCCGAGGCCGCCACGCGCUCGCUGUUCGGCCGCCUCCUCCACGACAUCAGCCCGGGCGUGGUCGACGACAUCCUCGAGUUCAACGACUACGCCUGGAUGGUCGUCUUCCGCUACCUCGACCUGCUCGAGAUUCCCGUGACGGCGCCGCAGCGGAGGCUGAUGGCAACCCUCAGCGAGCUCAUCGAGCUCCCCGAGCACAGCAGGGGCGAGGCGGCCUGGGCCAUACGGCAGACGCUGGCGGCGUUUGAAAUCGUCGACAUAGACACGCAGUCCCGCGCCGCCAUGAUGCUGAUGAGUUUCUGGGCGCUGACUCUUGGACACAAACACUCUCUCCAUGGCGCCGUAUCCAACGAGUACAACCUCACCUUUUGGAUCCUGGCGCACCUCCUGUACGACGAGGCCCUGCUGCGCCCCGUCAGGCAGGAGACGGAGGCCGCCUGGCGCGCCGGACGGCUGGACGUGAAGCACCUCUGCGCAAACAGCACGCGGCUCCACGCCGUCUUCAACGAGACGCUCCGUCUUCGCAACGGCGCGGGCGCCCUGCGCGUCGUGACGCAGCAGACGGUCAUCGGCGGCAAGGUCCUCGCGCAGGGCCACUCGAUCCUGAUUCCGUUCCGGCAGCUGCACACCAACGAGGCCGUCUGGGGGCCGACGGUCGGUGCCUUCGACCCGUCUCGCUUCCUCAACCGGAAGAGUCUCGCGCGCCACUCGUCCUUUCGGCCCUUUGGCGGCGGCACCACCUACUGCCCGGGCAGGAUCCUGGCCAGGGAGGAGGUCUACGGCUUCAUCGCCGUCCUGCUGCACCGCUUCGACGUCGCGCUCCACCCCGACGCCGGCGAGCAGCCGUUUCCUCGCUUCAACGACACGGUGCCGUCGCUCGGCGUCAGCGGGCCCCUCGGGGGGAUGGAUGUGCUCGUUGACCUGGCGCCGCGCGAGGUGCCCGCCUGA